AUGUAUCUAACUCGUGCUCAUGAACUUACCGCUCAGCCUCGUACCACAGAUAUAUCCAUAAAAGAAAAAAUAACUUUUUAUGAAAUGGGUUUAUCCCAACGUAUAUUAAACGGUUUAACCGCUUGUGAUUUUGAAAAGCCAUCUCCAAUUCAACUAAAAGCAAUUCCCUUGGGAAGAUGUGGUUUUGAUUUGCUAAUCCAGGCAAAAUCUGGAACCGGAAAAACAGCUGUUUUCGGAAUAAUAGCAUUGGAAAUGAUAAAUCUCGAUAAUUCACCUCAUCAAGUUUUGAUUUUAGCUCCCACGAGAGAAAUAGCCGUUCAAAUAUCAAACGUGUUUUCUUCAAUCGGCUCCGAAAUGCCAGGCUUGAAGGUCGACUAUUUUGUCGGAGGAACACCAAUGCAGUCCGAUAAAACAAAAAUAGUCAGCUGUCAUAUCAUCGUUAGCACGCCCGGCCGGUUGAAGCAUUUGAUCGACCAAAAACUUGUUAAAAUUGAAAACGUCAGAUUGUUUGUACUAGAUGAAGCUGAUAAAUUAAUGGAUGACAGUUUUCGAAAAGAUGUAAACUACAUUUUUUCUAAAUUGCCAACAAACAAACAGGUAAUACUAUCAAGCGCAACCUAUCCAGAAAACAUAACUUUAUUUACAACAAAGUACAUGCGAACGCCUUUGGUGUGCUUACCCGAUGACAGAAGUCCUAUUCUUCUCGGGUUGCGUCAAUUUGUCGUGAUAGUUCCUGAUCAUCCCAACCCGAUGAAGCGAGUGGAGAUAAAAGUCAAGGAAUUGUUAAAAAUUUUAAGAAACUUCAAGUUCAAGCAGAGUUUGGUCUUUUUUAAUUACCAGUCCAGAGCCCAGUCGGUUUGCAAUCAAGUAACCGGCAAGGGCUUCCAGUCAACUUACAUUACCGGUAAUCAGGACAUGAAGAAACGCUUGAGCACAAUGGAGAGCUUGAAGAACUUUAAGUGUAGGAUUUUGUGCUCCACUGACUUGACUGCUAGGGGAAUUGAUGCUGAAAACGUUAAUUUGGUUGUUAAUUUUGAUGUCCCUUGUGACAGCGCUACUUAUCUGCACAGAAUUGGUCGUGCUGGAAGAUACGGAGCUUAUGGAAUUGCUAUUAGCUUGCUAUCUGUUGGAGAGUUGGACAAUUUUAAAGAUUUGUUUUCUUCCCUGUCGGUUCCAAGUACAAAAAUUUAUAAACUUCCGAGGGAUUAUUUGCUUGAGGAUGUUUGGGCGGGAAAUAUUGAAAGGUUUGAAUUAUUUAUGAGCUACGGAAGAAAUAAUUUUGAGUGUAAAAAUGAUGUUAAAGAAGAAAAAAUUGAAGCUUCCAAAACUUGUUUAAAAAAUUUAGAAAAUUGUAAUGAUAAUUUAAAAAAUAAUUACUUAAAUAAAACUACGCCAAAAUUAUCAGAAAAAAUUGAACCAAUUACUGUUAAAGAUUUAAUAGAUUUUGUGUAUAAAAAUAAUAAGCCAGAGAUUUUUAAAAAAAAGUAUUAUGAAGAAGAAACAGUUGUAAACUUUGGGUUAGAACACGUGAGGAGGUUGAAGGAAUUGAACAGUUCUUCUUUGAGUGAACCAAAUAAACUUGGUGAUAAUUUUAUAAGUUAUAUUAAAUAUGAUGUUCGUAAAAAGAAGAAAAUUUUUUCAAUUUAUGAUGUUCAAAAAUCAGAACAUUCUGUUGAUUUUAAUUUAUUUGAGUUUGAUGAUGAUGAUGAUGAUGUGAAUUUUAUGAAGUUAGUUAAUGUAAAUAGAGUUAUUUUUUCUUCGAAACUUGAAAAUAAAAUUAGUUUGAAUAAUGAAACUGUUAUUAAAUGUUUAGAAUAUGAAGUGGAUUUUUUGGAGCAGUUAGAGAAGAAAUGUAUGAAUGGAGAAAGUACGGCGAGAUGUAUUAUUUUUAAAGAUUAUUGGCGGCAUUUGAAAAAUUUUUUGAGUAUAAUGAUGAAAAUUUAUUUGUUGAUGCAUUCCAAAAAAAAGGAAAUUUGUGAGGUUAUAACUUCAGAAAAUGGCGAACUUGUAAGCUUAUAUGAAAAUUUGAAAAGAAAAUUGCAGCUUUUCUUGUUUAGUAAUUCUGAAAUUGAAGAUGGAUUUUUUGAUUCAUAUAUUUCUGCAUUGGACGUAGUAAAAUCCAAUGAAUCUUUAAAAUUUUUUGAUGGUACUUUGAAUCUUUCUGAAUUUUUAACUUUGAAGAAGAAUAUAAUUACUUUUGUAAGAAAUAAAGAACCAAAAGGCGUAUCGAACAAAAUGGUGGAAUAUAUUAAAGUUCAAGAAGAAAAAGAAGUUGAUCAAUAUGAAACAAAUAGUUGUUACGAAGAAAUUGAUACUAAUAGUGAGAUAUGUACAAACUUUCCUUUAACUGUUGAAUGUACUGAUAAAUAUGUUCAACAAUUAAAUAACUCGUAUUACCAGCCAGAAGUUAUAAAUAACGUGACGCAAAAUAUUGAAGAAUUUUUCCGUCAAUUAAGCAUAGAAACUAAACAAAUAGAAUUAAAUAUGUAUAAUUGGCUGAUGUUACAAAAUGAUUGA